AUGGGAAAUAAAAUAGGGAAAGAGGUCAAAGUUGAAAGAAUUACUGUACGAAUUAAGGAAUUUGUGUCAGACGAUAAAUUCUGGAAGAUAUAUCUCGCGUUGGAUACAAAAACCAAAGAGUUAUACGAUCUUCGUUUGUGUGAAGUAAAGCAAGGAGAUGUGAAGAGAGUGUAUCGUAUGAAACAGGAGAUUGCAUUAUGGCAACAUGUUCCUGUACACAAGAAUCUUGUUCAAUACUAUGCUUCGGCUAUGCUCGAAGAGAACGGGAUUGUUCGAGGUGUUAUUUUAACUGAACAUUGCCAAGGAGGGUUGUUGGCUGGAGUUGUGAUCCAGUGUUUUCCCCAUGGAUUUGCAGAGCGAACACUUCUCGGAAUUUUGAGAGAUGUCGCCUGUGGUCUUUACGCACUUCAUACAAAUCGUCCGUGUUUUAGUCAUCGCAAUAUUCAUGUGAGCGUCCUUUUUAAAUUUAACACCAAGCCCAAUUUCAUUUUAAUCGAUCAAGACGGUCGAUGCAAAUUAGAGGUUUCUCGCUCCACCACUUCGAAUAUUAUCGUUCAAAUAACUUAUUAUAAUGUCUUAUCACGCAGACCCCUCGUUCUCAUGAAGAAGUCCGAGUGGUUCAGCAACAAACCGAGUACAUCUUCGAAGCGGGUUACGUCCCUCCAGAACUUUCCGAUUUGUUUCUCUCUCUUUAUUCUCCUCCCUCACCCCCAGAUCUCCUUCUCAGCGCGCUGUCGUCUCGGAGAAGGUGGACAUCUGGCAGCUGGGCGUUCUCAUGUAUUAUUUAGCGUUCUAUACGACCCCCUUCGAGAACGACAGCGGCUCCAUCGAUCUCAACGCGCUGCGCAACGGACCUGUUUGCUAUCCCCAAGCCGACCUCGCCAACUACUCCGCCGAGUUCAUCGAGCUUGUCAACUCCCUCCUCGUCCCCGACUCCUCCAAGUGUGUUUCUGUGUUCCUCCUCACGCCAGACGCCCCACCGCCGCGCAGCUGAUCGAACGCGCCUGCUCCAUGCAGUGCUGGCGCAUGACCCAAGAGGUUUCGCUGGUGUUGGCGGCGUCGCAGCGCUCGCAGCGCUCGCAUCGCGCGCCGUCGCUUCGGUUUGUGCGCAAGCUGCAAGGCCCGCCCAUGCUGAGCGACUCGGACUUGUCGUCGAGCAGCGAGGCGGAGGAACUGGCGCAGCAGAAGCGCGAAGCAGAGGCCGUGUUUGACAAGCAGCGCGUGACGCUGUCGCACUAUUUCACGGACCAGAAGAACCACAAGCGAUGGGUGUCGAAGUGCACGUCGCGGAUUCCCGAGCCGCCGGCGCACCGGUCGAUCAAGAAGAUCGCGAUGGCGGCGUCGGAGAUGCAGUCGAUGGACUUCUUUUUCCAGUUCCUAUCGAAAUUGGCGCUGUUCAGCAAUCAGAUCGUCGCCGUGAAGGCGCUGACCACCACGCUGUGCGUGUUUCAAAUGAGCGCGCUCGACAUGAUCUACCAGUCCCUCAAGCACAUCUCCCUGCUCAAGGAAAUGUCCGUGCGCUGGCGGAUGAUCCAGGAGAGCGACGAGAAGGCCAGCUCCUCGUCCUGGGCGCCGUUUAUCUCCCGCCUCGCGAACAUUCUGACGAACAAGGUGUACUUCCUGAACAAAUACACGGAGUUCGGAAUGAACUACGCGCUCGUCGAGGGCGCCGAGCUCGACGUCGAGGACCAAGUCAACGUCCCCGCGCGCCUCUCCACGCUCCUCGCCAACCUCAACGUCUCGCUGCAGUGGGUUCUCAUGAACCCCUGCUCCGUCCUCAACGGCACCGUGCGUCCUCUCAUCGAGGAGGCCCACUCCAUCUACCUCGCGCUCACCGUCGUCCUCGCCGACCUCCUCGAAAACCCCGACGAGCCCGAGACGCUCCAAGCCGCCGUCGCGCGCUACGAAGAAGAGCGUCUCGUCCUCCGCGACAUCAUCGCCCAGGUCAAAACCCGCGCCGAGAUCAACGUCUUCGACGACGUUUCCACGUUUCCCUUUUCUAAGGAUAGUUCCCGUCGAUCUCUCUCCGCAGCCCGCUCAGCAGCCAUCCGCGGCAAGCGCAGGCCGUGGCACGGCAGCAGCUGGGGAGCCACGUGA